CCUGUUACUCAGUUGAAUAAGAACACUCGAUCACUUGAUGUUAAUGUUGAAAAUGAAAUGAAAUAAGUUUAAUGCACAGAUUCUGAAGUCCUUGCUGUGGAUGUGAAGAUAUUUUUAUUCAUAACUGAAUACUGAGAUCAAACUAGAUUAUUACUUUACUUCACUAAAGUGAAACUGAAGAAGGAUUGUGACAUUUCACUCAGAGAGAAUGGCGUCUAAAAGUUUUUCUGAGGAGGAUUUAUCUUGUCCUGUGUGCUGUGAGAUUUUUAAAGAUCCUGUUUUGUUGUCCUGUAGUCACAGUGUCUGUAAAGACUGUAUUCACAGAUUCUGGAGAAGUAAAGGAGCUCAAGAAUGUCCAGUUUGUAGAAUAAGAUCUUCAAAAAAUAAACCUCCAGUGAAUCUGGUUUUGAAGAAUCUGUGUGAGAGUUUCUUACAGGAGAGAAGUAAGAGAUCUUCAUCAGUCUGUCAUCUUCACAAUGAGAAACUCAAACUCUUCUGUCUGGAUGAUCAACAGCCCGUGUGUGUCGUGUGUCGAGACUCCAGAACACACAACAACCACAAAUUCUGUCCUGUUGAUGAAGCUGUCGACGAGAAGAAGGAGAACCUCAGAAGUGCAUUAAAACCCUUACAGGAGAAACUGAGAAUAUUUGAGGAGUUUAAACAGAAUUGGGAUAAAACAGCAGAACAUAUAAAGAUUCAGAGUCGCCGCACAGAGACGCAGAUUCAUGAAGAGUUUGAGGAACUUCACCAGCUUCUACAUGAUGAAGAAUCAGCCAGAAUAAGAGCACUGAGAGAGGAAGAGGAGCAGAAGAGUCAGAUGAUGAAGGAGAAGAUUGAGAAGAUCAACAGAGACAUUUCAUCUCUUUCACACACAAUCAGAGGUGUAGAGGAGCAGAUGACAGCUGAAGAUGUUUCAUUCCUACAGAACUUGAAGAGCACACUGGAGAGAGUUCAGUGUGGAGCGUCAGAUCCAGAGAACAUCUCAGGAAUGAUGAUCAAUGUAGCAAAACAUCUCAGCAACCUGAAGUUUACUGUCAUACACAAGAUGAAGACAAUGUUCAAUACAGUGACUCCAGUGACUUUAGAUCCAAACACAUCUCACUGUAUACUCCUCGUGUCUGAUGAUCUGAUCAGUGUGAGAUUCAGUGAAGAUGCAGCAGAUCUGAUUCCUGAUAAUCCAGAGAGAUUUGAUGUGUCUCAGUGUGUUUUGGGUUCAGAGAGUUUUAGUUCAGGGAUUCACUGCUGGGAUGUUCAUGUUGGAGAUAACACACACUGGUUUCUGGGUGUGAUGACAGAAUCUGCUCAGAGGAAGAAGAAUGUUUUCAUCAGGACUGGAGUCUGGUGUGUGUAUUAUUACUCUGGCGGAUAUGGAACACUUAUUACAGCACAGAAAACCGGUCUCUCUCUGUCAGUGAAAGAGAAAGUUGAGAGAAUCAGAGUUGAGCUGGAUUGUGACGGAGGAAAACUGUCAUUCUCUGAUCCUCUCACUAACACACACAUACACACUUUCACACACAAGUUUACUGAAGGACUUUAUCCAUUGUUUAGUGUUAACUGUAACAUUUCUCCUCUGAUGAUCUUAACAGUAAAUUCAAACACAGCAGAAGUUAAUAAAAGAUUAAAUUGAUUGUCUGCGAAACAACACAAGUUUCUUUAAAACACAAACCUUUAAAGAUUAAUAUGAAGGUAAGAGAAUGUUUCUUUUCAUUGUAAUUUCUGUAAAUUCUUUAAAUGUUUUCAUUUUUAUGUGGUGAUGUGAGUUGGUCUGGGUCUAAUGACAGAAUCUCAAGAGAAGAAUCAAAUAUUGAUCUGGUCUAUGAGGAGUAAACAUAACAAAUAUACUCCUGAUAUUACACUAAAUGGUUUAAACAAUUCUACAAAAAGUGUAAAAAUAAAAUAAAAACAGAAUAAUGUGAAAUAAUACCAGUCUGUAUUAUCGAUGAUGCAUAAUUGAUUUUGGUGGUCAAGAUA